AUGAAAAGAAAUAUGCAUGUAAGAAGAAAAAUAAAAAGCUGCAGCCAGUUGCCAUGGAGCGGCGCUGUUUCAAAAUAUUUGAUAUUCUCAUUGUUUUUCGUGUUUUGUCUAGGAGAGACUAUAAAUACUUUUAUAAAACUUAAAAAAGACCCCAUGAACAAAGAAGAGGCAGAUGGAAAGUACAUGUGCGAGACCCCUUUUGGCCUGCAGGGAAGGCCGGUCUUUGGAGGGCAGAUUUUCUCGCACAUUAUCAGCUGCGCACUAAAAGAAACAGAGAACUACGAGGUUAUCUCAGGUGACUGCGUCUUCAAAGAUAAGACAGAGCAGUCUCUCCCCAUUAUUUAUAAAAGCACCGUUGAAGCCCUUGGCAGAACAGUCAAACUGGUGAAUGUAAAUGUCUGCCAGACCGUGGAUGGUGUUGAGGUGGUAAGAGCCGUGGGCGUGGUUCUGAUGCAGAAGUCAAAGACAGCGAUCCAGAACGAAAAGAAGGUUUUUAUUGAAACAAUAGCAAAGAGACAAAAAAACACACUGCAGAAAUAUUUUAGUAGAGGCACACCUGACAGAGAAAAGAUCAAGCAGAUGAAAACACCGAAAGUGUUCUGGAAAGAAAUUCUGAACGAAAAAGACUUUAAGACGUACUCAGACAUAAUCCACGAUAGAUACAACAGCGUAGACCUGUACAUGCUGCAGGAUGCGAAGAGUCCAUUUGCAAGGUGCAUUGGAUACCAGAUGCACCCACCCGCAGCCCCAAGCACCCACGAAACCACAGAAGUAGAAAGAAUAAACGAAAUAUACAAGCAUAUCUCAUACAUUUCAGAUGAAAACCUGCUGGAAACAGCCCUUAUAUCCCAGGGCCUGUGCAUUAUCAACAGCAAGUACAACAUUCUCACAAUUUCUCACUCGGUCAAGUUCAACAGCUGCGAAACAUUCGAUCUUUUCCAGCCGUUCUUCUACAGCAUAAAAAUAAAAAGCAUUGAAAAUAACAUCGCGAUGUGCAGCGGGAAAAUAGUCCAAAACGAUACAGUGUAUGCGAACAUACAUCAGGUGGGCAAAAUAAUGAUGCUUCCAGGUGGAAACACCAACUCGAAAUGA